AUGCCUGUCCCAUUCCCAGCAUUUUGCGACCUCAACUCAGAUUCGUCGAAUCCGAAUUCGCCAGUACAGAAUAACAAACCAGUCCUCUUUCCUGUCGGCUCGCUAUCAUAUAAUGUGCCACUGUACGAGGGCGGUCCGAUGGAACUCUACACACCACUGGGAGAGAAGAUGCCCCUAACCACGAAUACAACAGCUGAGGGGCAAAAUCGACGGCGGAAGUCCAAUACUGCUAAAGACCCAGAAACGAUCGCGAACAUGCAAUUUGUCAGUGACAUCUUCAAUCUAUAUAUAUUAAGGUUGUUAUUUAUUACUCCAGCUGACAUAUUUUCUUCUCACAAUCAGAGACGCCGUGCACAAAACAGAGCAUCCCAGCGCGCCUUUCGCGAGCGGAAGGAGAGACAUCUCAAAAGCGUGGAGAGCCAGCUGCACAAUCUCCAGAGCUUACACCACGAUCUCCUGCAGUCGUAUAACCAGCAAGCAGAGGAGGUCGCCCGACUGAAGCAGCGGAUCCAAGAGCUGACGUCGGAGAUCGAGAAGCUGCGCAACGACGUUCGAUAUGAUUCCGUACCCGAGCAUGCCUUACACCUAUAA